AUGGACGAGAAGACCAAGAGAGCCGAGGAGAUGGCCCUGAGACUCAGCCGAGCAGUGGCAGGUGGGGAUGAGCGGGUGGCGAUGGAGUGUGCCACCUGGCUGGCAGAGCAACGGGUACCCCUGAGAGUGCAACUGAAGCCUGAGAGCUCCCCAACACAGGACAUCAGGCUGUGGGUGAGCGUGGAGGACCCUCAGAUGCACACUGUCACCAUCUGGCUCACAGUGCGUCCUGACAUGACAGUGGCUUCCCUCAAGGACAUGGUGUUCCUGGACUACGGCUUCCCGCCGGCCCUGCAGCAGUGGGUGAUCGGGCAGCGGCUGGCCCGGGACCAGGAGACGCUGCACUCGCACAGCGUGCGGCGGGAUGGCGACAGCGCCUACCUCUACCUGCUGUCGGCCCGCAACACCUCCCUCAACCCUCAGGAGCUGCAGCGCCAGCGCCAGCUGCGGAUGCUGGAAGACCUGGGCUUUAAGGACCUCACGCUGCAGCCCAGGGGCCCCCAGGAGCCGGCACUUCCGAAGCCGGGGGCCCCCCAGGAGCCCGGUCAGGGGCCUGACACCAUUCCCGAGCCCCCACCGGUGGGCUGGCAGUGCCCUGGCUGCACCUUCAUCAACAAGCCCACACGGCCCGGCUGCGAGAUGUGCUGCCGGGCACGGCCCGAGACCUACCAGGUGCCCGCCACGUACCAGCCGGACGCGGAGGAGCGCGCGCGCCUGGCCAGCGAGGAGGAGGCGCUGCGCCAGUACCAGCAGCGGAAGCAGCAGCAGCAGGAGGGGAACUACCUGCAGCACGUCCAGCUGGACCAGAGGAGCCUGGUGCUGAACACGGAGCCCGCCGAGUGCCCCGUGUGCUACUCGGGGCUGGCGCCCGGCGAGGCCGUGGUGCUGCGGGAGUGUCUGCACGCCUUCUGCAGGGAGUGUCUGCAGGGCACCAUCCGCAACAGCCAGGAGGCAGAGGUCGCCUGCCCCUUCAUCGACAACACCUACUCGUGCUCGGGCAAGCUGCUGGAGAGGGAGAUCCGGGCGCUGCUGACCCCGGAGGAAUACCAGCGGUUCCUGGACCUGGGCGUCUCCAUCGCCGAGAACCGCAGUGCCUUCAGCUACCACUGCAAGACCCCGGACUGCAAGGGGUGGUGCUUCUUCGAGGACGACGUCAACGAGUUCACCUGCCCCGUGUGUUUCCGCGUCAACUGCCUGCUCUGCAAGGCCAUCCACGAGCAGAUGAACUGCAGGGAGUACCAGGACGACCUGGCUCUGCGGGCUCAGAACGACCAGGCCGCCCGGCAGACGACCGAGAUGCUGAGGUCCAUGCUGCAGCAGGGCGAGGCCAUGCACUGCCCGCAGUGCCAGAUCGUGGUGCAGAAGAAGGACGGCUGUGACUGGAUCCGCUGCACCGUCUGCCACACCGAGAUCUGCUGGGUCACCAAGGGCCCGCGCUGGGGCCCGGGGGGCCCUGGAGACACCAGCGGGGGCUGCCGGUGCCGGGUGAACGGGAUUCCUUGCCACCCCAGCUGUCAGAACUGUCACUGA